AGCUGGACAGCAUUGCCUGGAGCAACUGGUGUUUAAUAGCCUCCUCCUACGGAUGUUGACCGUGCGUUCAUUGAAAAAGAAUGCACAGUUCUCGGUGUACAGCUGACUAAGAUUAAAUUGACCUUAUAUCAAACAACUGGUUAACAUUAAUAUCCGAGGACUAUCCGAAGCAGCCUAAUGUUCUAGCUUUUCAAGUUGUGCUACCCUCCCGAGUGUGGGAGUGCAACAGUCCUCUAUUGCUGCAUGUGCAUGCGUUUGCAUUUCACCCCCAUAACCCUUUGCAUGAGUUCCAUUCCUCCAUCUGUUUGCAUGCUUGCUGCCUGAGACAGAGUGAGCUGCUCUCUCUUCAGUGCCUUGGCCUUCAGCUUGUAAGGCCUCAAGCCGAGGAACACCAUGGGCAAGGACAGGGGUAACUCUCUGGUUUUCUCCUCCAAGAGGGGCUCGAGCUGCGCCACACGUUCCUGCGCCAGCCCCGGUGAGGCCGAGCGCGAGAUUGAGAGGCUCCGCGCCGCCUUGGAGGUGGAGCGUUGCCGCCACAAGCAGGCCCAAAGGAAGUUCUCGCUGGAGCUGCGGCGCGUGCGCGAGGAGGGGAGGCACGAGCGGGAGCGCGCCCUGCGGGAUCUGACCUCCAGACAGGAGCGCCAGAAGGCCUUGGAGCUGCAGCAGCAGCGCGAGGUCCUGGGCAGGGAGCGCGCCUCCGAGGUCCGGCAGCUGCGCCGCUGGAGGGACCGCGAGCGGGACCGCAGCAGCGCCACCCUCAGGCAGGCCCGGGAACUGCAGCGGCUCCUGGCCGAGGAGCUCGGCCGCGUUGACAGUUCGGGCAAGGCCGACACGCCGAGCGUGAAGGUUCUGCUGGGCGGCCGGGGCAACGGCGGAGGUGGUGGCGGCGCCGUCUACCGCAAGCUGGAAGAGCUGCUGGCCAGGCUGCAUGGGCAGGCGAGCGGGCAGCAGGUGGCGCUCAUGCAGGGCCUGCGCCAGGAGCUGGAGCUGGAGAAGAGCCGCUUCAUCUGCCACCUGCUAGAGAAGCACGGCCGCCCGCAGCAGGCGGAGCAGGGGCCCCGGGAGACCCCAACUCCGGCACCCAGGAGUCGCUCGGUCAGCUCCGCGCACCCGCUCUCCCGCUCAGCCUCCCUGGAAAACCACAGAGUCGCCGAGGGCAGCCGUGGAGCCUCACCGUCCCGCGCCAGAAGGUCUCAGUCCCAGAAGGUCCAGCGAUCGUCUUCCCAGCAGGGGCCCGUGAAGAAUAGGAGCAGGAGCAGACGCAGGGGCUCCAUGCCGCUGGGAAAGCCGCAGCUCUGCUCCAGUCCCAUGGAGAGCCAAGCGCUCCCCUCGCAGCCCUCUCCCCACGCAGGCUGGGAGACGAGACUCUCCUCCACCCCAUCGGACCCGCCACAGUCACCCUCACCAGACAACUCAACGCCCUCCAGAUGCUCAGAGGAAAACAUGGAGGAUAUGAAUGGCAUGGACUAUGGCUUCCUGGUGCGUCAGAACUCCGAGUUGCUGCGGGCACUGGAUGACAUGGAGAAGACCUGUGCUACACUCAGAGAGGAGAACAGCCUUCUGAGGAAGAGCAGCUCCCCUGAGACGGAGGAGAAGGUGAAGAGAUUGCGGAAGAAGAACACAGAGCUGGCGGUCAUUGCUAAAAGACUGGAAGACAGGGCACGCAAGCUGCAAGAGGCCAACCUUAAAGUGGUGAACAGCCCUUUCCCAGUGAAGGCCGGCGCAGUGGAGCAGUACAAGAGGGCAUUCGCACGGCAGAGGGCACGGGACCUGGCCCAGCACGCAGACAUGCUGCUCUCCAAGGACAAGGAGAUCGCCGCCCUGCAGCAGGAGUGCCGGGAGCUGCAGACUGGCAUCGGACAGGGGGGCAAGGGUGUCCAGGGUCCCUGUGCGGUGGCUGAUUUUGAGCGUCUGCUGCGCGAGUCCCAGAAGGAGGUGCUGAGGCUGCAGCGGCAGCUGUCUGUCAGCGCUGCACGUGAGGCCACACCUGAGGCCACACCCACUGGAGCCCCUGAAUCCACCGACAAGGCCGCGGCUGAGACCCCGCCCCCAGCUUUAGAUGAGGCCCCUCCCACACCGGAGGAGACUCCUGCAGAGGAGGCGGAGCCGGGGACACGAGUGACACCUCAGUUGAGUCCAAGCCCCACCCACCCCCAGGAGCAGACUGAGGAGCAGCGUAUUGAGUUUCUGGAAAGUGAGUUGAGCAAAAAGAGAAAAGAAUGUGAAAGUCUUGAGCAUGAUGUUAGGAAGCGGCAGAAGAGAUGUCUGGAUUUGGAGAGCCAGCUCGAUGAGGAGCGUGGCAAAAAUGAGAGAUUAGCCGAGGAGGCAGAACUCCUCAGGCGGAAGGCUCAGCUGCUUGACCAGUCCCAGACUGAGAAUGAGGAGCUGAGGCAGGAGCUCUCUGAAGUGAGCGCUCAACACAAUUCAGUUCUCGAGGAGAACCAGAGACUCCGUGCCAAACUGGAGAACCUAGAGCAGGUCCUAAAGCACAUGCGAGAGGUCGCUGAGCGAAGGCAGCAGCUGGAACUGGAACAUGAGCAGGCACUGGCUAUCCUCAAGUUCAAGCAGGAUGAGAUCAAGCGGCUACAGCGGGCACAGUUAUUUGCCAAACGGGAGCAUGAGGGUGUUGUUCAGGUGCUGGAGGAGUUGAUCCAGCUUGUGUUGCGGAGGGAGUUGUCCAAGGUACGUGAGCUGGAGGACAAAUGCCGCAGCCAGAGCGAGCAGUUCGGCAUGCUCUCGCAGGAGCUGGAGAAGUUCCGGCUGCAGGCCUCCAAGGUGGACCUGGACAGCUCGGGCUUGCUGUCCCACCCCAGCCUCACCCACCUGACCAACGGGCUCCCGGGGGAGACAGGCGCUAGUGAUGCAGAGGUGAUGCUUUCUCUCGGUGAUAUUGCCUUCUGGACUCUGGAGGGGACAGAUGUUCCCCCCUGUGCCGCUGCGGAACAGGUGGACGUGGAGGCUGUGCUGCGGGCCGGCUCCACUCCACACGCGGCAGGUCUGGCGGGGUUUGCCAGGCUGGAACGCUCCCCCACCACCAAGCACCGCGAGCUGCCCACCAUCAGCGCCAAGUCCGCCUCCACCUCCAGCACCACCAAGUCCGACACCACCCACCUCACGCCCGGGUCCCGGCCACACAGUCCACGCAAAGCUAGUCCCACCCACGAGGUGGACACUGCCAGUGAGGUAGAGGAGUUGGAUAUAGAUGUGUCUCCCAUUCCCUAUUCUGCAAGCAGAGGGGCUGCCAAACUACAGGUCUUCAUUGCCAGAUACAGCUAUAACCCUUACGAUGGCCCGAAUGAUAACCCAGAGGUGGAGCUCCCACUCACAGCAGGAGAGUACAUCUAUGUGUAUGGGGAUAUGGAUGACGAUGGCUUCUAUGAAGGUGAGCUGAUGGAUGGACGGAGAGGGCUGGUCCCCUCCAACUUCGUGGAGCGUGUGUCGGACGACGACGUCAUGAGUGCCCAGGCCCACGAGGCCGGUGAUCUGUCCCACAAUUCCUUCCAGGACAGUAGCCUGCACAGCGGCAGUGAGCGCUUCCAGCCCUCACACCACCACCACCAUGUGCGCUUCGGCCCCACCACCACCACCACCACCACCACCACCACCUCGGAGCGGACCGACACGUCGGCCGCGUCCUCGGCCUCCGUCCCCAACCCCGCCGUGGGCAAGACUGCCCCCGCAGCCCCGGCCCUCACCAUCCCCAUCACCAACGGCCUGGACCUUGACCUGGAGGAGGUGGACGUAGUGCCUUACCCACGCAAGCUCACCCUCAUCAAGCAGCUGGCCAAGAGCAUCAUCAUCGGAUGGGAGCCUCCUGUGGUGCCGGCCGGCUGGGGCGCCGUGUGGAGCUACAACGUCUUCGUGGACCAGGAGCUGCGGCUCAACGUGCCGUUCGGCUCCCAGACCAAAGCCGUGCUGGAGCGCCUGGACGUGGCGGCCAAGGCGUACCGCGUGUCCGUGCAGAGCCUGACCGAGCGCGGCAACUCGGACCAGGUGCGCUGCAGCCUGCUGGUGGGCCGCGACGUGUGCGUGGCGCCGUCGCAGCUGCGCGCCGAGCGCGUCACCGCCACCUCCGCCACGCUGGUGUGGCUGCCCAGCAACAGCAACUUCGUGCACAUCGUGUCCUUGAACGAGGAGGAGUGCGAGCUGGUCAAGGCCGGCUGCUACUCGCUGUGCCUCAGCAACCUCACGCCCAACCUGCAGUACCGCGUCAAGGUGGAGGCGCGGCCGCACCGCACGCCCUGGGAGCUGCCGCAGGACAGUCGCGAGCGCAAGACCGCCGUCACCACCUUCCACACGCUCACCGCCGGGCCCCCUGAUGCCCCUCUGGACGUGCAGCUGGAGCAGGGGCCUUCUCCGGGGAUCGCCAACGUCAGCUGGCUGCCGGUCACCAUCGAUGCUGCUGGAACCUCCAAUGGGGUCUCCGUCACAGGCUACACCAUCUACGCAGACAAGAAGAAGGUGUUGGAGGUGUCGUCCCCCACGGCGGGCAGUGCCCUGCUGGGCCCGUCUCAGAUCCAGGCGGUGAAGGCGGCUCAGGAGCUCACCGUGCGCACCAUGUCCCCGCACGGCGAGUCCUCCGACUCUGUGCCCGUCAACGUCCAGGCCAAACUCGCUGCCAUCAUGGCAGGCCCUGUGCCCCCAAGUCUACCUGUGCCAGUCCUGGCAGCCGCCACCGCUGUGCCCACCUCGCCCGCCGUGUCGCCCUGCCUCACCAACUCGCCUGCCAAAAUGCCAGCGCUGCCCUACAGCUUGCCGCCAGACGCACACACAUUGGUCCCCGGCGGGGGGGCCUAUGCCAACUCUUCCAAAGCCAUCACCGCGAAUGCCCCCCUGCCCGUCGGCUCCUACAUGGAGGCCUGGGCAAACCCUCACAUGUCUGUUGCCCCCAUGUCAUUGGCCAUGCAGCAGCAGCAGCAGCAACAGCAUCAUCAGCAGCAGCAGCAGCAACAGCAUCAUCAGCAGCAGCAACAUCAGCAGCGGCAUCAGCAGCAUCCUCCAGCGUUACCACCGUCUGCCAUGAACAACCCAGCAGUCUACGUACCGGUGAGUGCGGCCUUACCUGGCAGCAUCUCCGCAGCGCUGGAGCCCCACCGAGAGACAGAGAGCCCUGCUCCCGCGUCCCCCCGCCCCGUAGUCUCCAUCUCCGACUACCUGGAGGACCCCAGUGCCAAGCUCCACCAGCACGAGCCCUACCACGUGCCCAUGCCUCGAAUGCAGGCGCCGGACACGGACUCCCUCAACCCCCCGGAGACGCACCCCAUGCGGCCGCCCAACCCGUCCCCGUUCGAGUCGGAGACUGAGGAGGACCUGGAGAACACGCGGCUGGUGUCCAUCGAGGAGUUCCUGGGCCACGGGAGGCCUGCCGCAAGACACCAGGGUUACGGUGGCGGUCUGGUGGAACCAACCAUUGACUACCAGCUAGAGAACAGCCGAGGCUCUGACCUGUCCGACAUCCUGGAGGAGGAGGAGGAGGACCUGUACUCAGAGUCCAUCGCAGACGUGCAGGGCAGGGGCUACAGCAUAGCUGGCAGGGAUGCCACAGGCAGAGACCAGUCAUUGGCAGAGCCCCCGCUGUCCCGCUCUGAAGCCAGGCAGAUGAAAGAGGUUGAAGAGGCAGGGAGGCAGAUCGGGGAGAACACAGUGAGGGUUUUCGUGGCCCUCUUCCCGUACGACCCUGUCAGCAUGUCACCUAAUCCUGACGCGGUAGAGGAGGAGCUUCCCUUCCGAGAGGGACAGAUCAUCAAGGUGUAUGGGGACAAAGAUGUGGAUGGCUUCUUCCGCGGCGAGUGUAAUGGUCGGAUGGGCUACGUUCCGUGCAACAUGGUAUCCGAGAUCCAGGUGGACGACAUGGAGACACGCGACCAGCUGCUGGCCCAGGGCUUCCUCACCACCGAGGCAUCAAUGGAUAAGAUAGGCACCACUCGCUCACACGCACAGCUUCCACGCCGCCCUGUUCCACCGCCGAAACCUAGACGAUCCAAGAAAGUGGAAUCGGCCGGAGUGUGGGAUGACAGCUCUGUGGUUGACUCGUCCAGUCAAGAUCGGAGCCAAUCAGGAGCUGCCACUGGCAACCCAGCACCACGUAGAAUGGUGGCCAUCUUUGACUAUGAUCCACGAGAAAGCUCUCCCAAUACAGACAUAGAGGCGGAGUUGACCUUCAGUGCUGGGGACAUCAUCUAUGUGUUUGGUGACAUGGAUGCCGAUGGCUUCUUCUAUGGAGACCUGAACGGACACAAAGGCCUGGUCCCGUCCAACUUCCUCCAGCCCUUCCCUGAGACCACAGAUGAGUUGGGUGGGGCUGCAGUGAUGGACCACCUUGUAGUGAUGGACGCUAGGAGAGACCCGGUGAGGGAGGGCGUGCCCCAGGAGCAGCAGGACCUGGCGGGGGACAUUGAACCAGACAGGACCAGGCUGCCUGAACCAGAACCCGACCCAGACCCAGAGCCCACCCUAGGACCACUCCCCGAGACACAGGCCAGCCCCAGCUGUGCCCCUACCCCGACCACAGCCUCCGACAGCCCCCUGCUCACUGACCCGUCCUCCCCCUUGGGCAAAAAGAAGAAGGGCUUCUUCUCCAAAGGAAAGAAGCUAUUUAAAAAGCUGGGAUCAAGCAAGAAGGAGUGAGCGCUGUGACUGUUAAGGCUUUUUUGUUUGUUUCUAUCCUCCCCAUACAGGAAGCACUUUUUUAUGUUGGUUAGUCUCAAAUUAAUCUUAUUUAAUUGUAAUAUGUAUUAUACUAUAAGACUAGUUUCACUGUGGUAGGCUCUCCUAGAUGGAGGUUUCCUAAGAAUAUAUAACAUACUGUAACACAAUACUUGGGAUAACAUCACCUUAAGAAUCAGCUGCACCCUGCAUGGCUCCAAAGUGUCCCAUUAUAAGACACUAGAUUAAACAAGAGUAGUACACACUGGAAAGUUAUUUGUUUAGGUGCAGCAAUGGGCUUAAAACACUAGAUUAACACUACAAACGCAUCCUUUGUAGGUCCAUUUUGAAGAGUCUGAAUAUAACAAAAACACAGUGCAGCAUAAAUGUCUGUUAACCUUUUCCUAAAGUGAAUAUGCUGCGGACCCAGUCAGAGCCAUCUGUGGGUGUUAGACGCUAAUGACAUUAUGCAGCUUAUGCUCUAAGGAAGACAAAACUCAUGGCUGUCUUCGCUGUCACAAGUAAAUAUUUAUCUCACAUUUUCACGCUUUUUCCUCUUUCUGACACAAGGGACCAUAGGAAAAUGGCCCAUGCUCUCAGUAAAAUGUAAACCCUAAAACAGUGUGCUUGGCCAGAAUGAUGGACGUGUGUUAGAGGAGACUGGUGAAUGUUGCGUGAGCGUGAAAGCUCCACGCAAGUUAUGUGAACAAGCUUGUGAGCGUGAGCGUGUGCAAGCUUGAGAAGUUUGGCUUUGCCUGUUUUCAGAUGUUGUCUCGGAACUCGUACUUGAGUGGUUUCUUUUCUUUUUUUUGUGGUGCGGACAAGCGUUUUUGUGUUUGCUACGGUAAACUUGUGUGUUUGUAUGUGUGUGUGUGUGAAUGUGAGUUUGCACUUAUGAGACUGAGUGUGUAUAUGUGGGACGAUGUUGCAGUGGUCUGCCUUGAGCCUGUCUUUUUUUGUUUGUGAAAAGAUCUGUUACUUUUAUUCUUUUGCUUUACCUCCGUUUUAGGAGUGAUCGAGUUAUUUUUAAGUAUUCUACACAAACUCAUACUUAUUCAAUAACGCUAGGGGCUACACAUUUGUCAUACAAACAGUGAAUGACAAAAACACACAGAUGGUUAUAGGACCAUGGACUAAAGAAAUGUGAGUGUAGCCAAACUGUUUGUUCAUUGGUACCACCACUACAGUAUGCAGUAAUUGUUCUUUUUGGAUUUUUUUUGUUUUGUUUAUUUGUUGUUGUUUAUUUUUCUGUGUGUUUUAUUAUUACAGGGCUCAUGUGAACUUCUCAGGUUUAACGUGUAGUUUAUCAGCUUUGUAUGUUAAGCUGUGGCUGUUUGAACCGCAGGAUACGAUUCUUGCCAAAUCAUUAGGUGCUCAGCAUGUUACUAUGACAAGUAGACACCUACCAUCAAACACCAGCCAAUAAGUGGGAGUGGGUCAAAGCACGACUGACUUCUGAGAAUCAGCCAGACAUGGGUGUUAUCAGUAAUUUUCAAAAAUGUUUAUUGUUACUGAAAGUUAAAAUGACUGAACUUGAGAAACUCCUGCAAUAGAACCUAAAUGGAGGUCAAAAUUGCCAAGGACCUUACCAACGCAGUCUUGGUUGAGCUUUGAGUAGAGGGAGAGUCAGAGGUCAUCUGAAAACUUUGCUGAAUUGUACAGUCACUCGCAACAUAUCCCUCGAUGGCCUUUAGUCAACCUGCACUUCCUUUGCUGCGCUGUAGGCAAUAGUGUUAACCAUUAGUGAUGCUGCUGCAAGCUUCAGGAACGCACAGACCUGGUCUGCCCACUACCCAUAGCCCUCGCCAGUCCAGCUCUGCAGUUUAACUAGAAGAUGACCGCAGCAGCACUCUAGAUUACCAGCUGUAAUGUUUAGCCUUAUAAGACGUUGUUUAGUCUUAAUUUGUUGUUUACACUGUUGUACUUGUACUGACUGCAUGCAUAAUGACUUUUAUGCCCAUGUUUGGCCUUAUGGAUUUAUUUAUAUAUUUAUAGAUUGACCAGGCAUUUUGUUUUGCAGUGUUUUUUUUGUAGUAUUUUUGAGGGUGUUAGUACAUGCAGAGGAGGCCUAGUAUGUUUAGAUUGAAACUGCAGAAGGCCGGUCUGUAUAUAAUGUACAGUGUUUUGGUCCCAAUCAGUGUCACAGCUCUGACUUUGUGGUAUGAUAUUUUUUUCAUACAGCGAGAGACUUUAUUCUUUUGUCCGUCCAAGCAAAGCUUGUUUCCAUUUUUUUGUACAUUGAGGUUUUUAUUACCAAUUCUUUUUUCGACGCUUGUAAAUACAAUUUUUUGUUGUUAAUGUUCUCAGAUUUGUCUUUUUUGCAUGAUACAGCAGUGUUUUGAUUGAGGAGAAAUAACAUCUGUGGUUGGACUCCUGAGAGUCCUCAACUUGAAAGUGCAGAGAUUGUUUUCAUCUUUCAAUAUGGACCUUUUUUCUAAAAUAAAAGUCUAUUUUCACAUAAAAUAUCA